AAUGUGCUUCUUCUACGAGAGAGAGAGAGAUCAGUGAACAAGUCCCCGUUUCUUCGUUCUCAUCAUCUUCAUCGCCGAUUUUGCAACGACCACCUCUGCUACUCCCGUCGAUCAAUCUACGAAGAAGAAGAAGAGAUGAGUAACACACCAGCAGCGGCGGCGUCAUCAUCGUCUAAAUCGAAAGCUGCGGGAACUUCUCAGCCACAGGAAAAGCGCAAAACUCUCUUUCAAAAAGAAUUGCAGCAUAUGAUGUAUGGAUUUGGCGACGAGCAAAACCCUCUUCCAGAGUCUGUGGCGCUUGUAGAAGACAUUGUUGUGGAAUACGUCACAGAUUUGACACAUAAAGCUCAAGAAAUUGGUUCAAAGCGAGGAAGACUUCUAGUUGAUGAUUUCUUGUAUCUUAUCCGCAAGGAUUUGCCAAAACUGAACCGCUGUAGAGAACUGUUGGCGAUGCAGGAAGAGCUGAAACAAGCACGCAAAGCUUUUGAUGUCGACGAAAAGGAACUCGUUGAUUGAUCUUGCUUUUCCUCAACGGGAGGAACAAAUGCUAGGUAAGAGGAACCUCAUGGAUGCCGGACUAGGGACAGCGUUUUAGGUUGUAAUCAGAAUUCGAAGCACAGUAGCAAAAAAAAAGUGUGUUGACUUAAAAAAGGUGAAAAAAAAUCUUGCACAAGGCCGACUCAUAUUAAAUGUAGGCCCAUUAGAAGAAAGCCCAUUAUCUAGCAUCCCGUAUAUAUCUACGGACGACCUUUAAUUUUUCUUGAGUCAGGAAUUUCGAAACCCUAAAAAUUUAGAAUAACCACCCGAUUUUUGUUUCUUUCAUUAAAUUAAUUACCGCAAUAAUUAUAAAAUUAGUCAUCAUUAUAAGACUUUUGUUUUUCUCUAAAUUUUUCGUCAUCUUUCUGAU